AAAUAAAGAAAGAUACAUCAUCAGAGAGACACGCACAGAGCCCUGAGAGAGACCCAAAGAUGGUCGAAGAGAGGGUCCUCUAAGAUCAUCCUGAGAUAAGAGAAAAAAAAAGGCAGUAAUUGAAAAAAAAUGAAGGACUAAAAAAUAUUUUUGUUUUCAAAAAUUUCAAAAAUAUUUUUUUUUCUUUGCUGCCUUUUGUGUCUCAAUCUCCACCCACCUAUCAUCAACCACCACUCCUAACAUUCAUUCAUUGCAUUGUCAAUUUUUUUUUUCUUUUUUUUUGGUGAACUAUUUGCACAGAGGAAAAAAAAAAGUUCGCAUUUUUAAUAUCGUCAACAAGAGCAGUAAAAAGAAGAAGAAAAAGACUUAUUCCUUGCACCCUUUUGCUCCAAUCUUUAUGCUGCAAUUGUAUAGGAUAAGGUUUUGAUCAGGGGUAUGCGCUUGUUGACGAGAAUGGUGUAGGUGCAAUCAUUAAAUAUAAAAAGAUGAGAGAACCUGAAAUGGUUGGUGGAUGCGUAAGCCUCCUAGAAUUUUUUCUGUUUGUAAUAUAGUUGUUGCGUAGUUAGUGUUUUACAUUUAAACACAUUCAAAAUUACAUUAAAAGGAUUUGCUUGCGUGUGGAAGGAGUUGUAAUUUGUAAUUGGCUGCGUUUGGGAUCAUAUUGGUGGGGGUGAGUUUUUAUAUAAAAAAGGAAAAAAACCUGGCGAUUUUGUAUAGUGUGUUGUAUAGCGUUGUGGCUGACCUCCACCACUGCUGCAUUUGGUUAAUCAAGUAAUGGGGGGUAAAUGGAAGUUCUCGUGUUUCGUGGCAUUGGUUCUUCUUUCGGGUUUCCGGGGAUGUUGGUCGCUUAAUGAUGAAGGGUCAGCCUUGUUGGAAUUCCGGGCCACAAUAGAGUAUGAUCCGUAUGGUGCUCUUGCAAAUUGGAAUGCUGAUGACCCUGAUCCUUGCUUGUGGUUGGGAGUUUGUUGCAUCAAUGGAGAAGUACAAGUGCUGGAUCUGAGUGGGCUUUCUUUGGAGGGGACAUUGGCACCUGAGAUUGGGAAACUAAGUAACUUACGAUCUCUUGUACUCUUCAAGAACCAUUUCUCUGGUGCCAUUCCUAAAGAGCUUGCAGACCUUACAAAGUUGGAGCAGUUGGACUUGAGAGACAAUAACUUGAGGGGAACUAUUCCAGCAGAAAUAGGCAGGAUGCGGUCACUAAAACGCUUAUUGCUUUGCGACAAUAAAUUUGAAGGCAGCAUUCCUUUGGAACUUGAAAGGCUCCACAAGCUCUCUAAAUUGAAAUUUGAUGAUAACCUUUCAGCUGCUGUGGCCACAGGCAUCGACUAUGUAAAUCGAAAGUUUGGACACUGCAAUGGGCAUGGAAAUUCAAAACAAUUCAAUAAGGCAGAUUCGUUUAUAAUCCCAAUUAAAGGAGCUCUUAUGCGUUAUCUCCAUGUCCUGCCUUUGUCACUGUUUAAGUUUGGAAAGGACAGUCCGCAUGGAAAUGGAGACAGUUGCUACGAUAAACUAGCUAGUUCAUCUGAGCCACACAUGGUCCAUAUUGCUCAGAAGCUUGUUAAUUUUGCACGUCGUAGGCUACUUGAGCAAUCCAGUAACCUUGCAGCUGCACCUGCUAGUGAUGGGUCAUCACCCUCUGGACCAAUCAUUGCUCUUCCAACUAUGCGGAGUAGUGGGGCUUUCCCAGCUGUACCAAAUGAAAAGAAGAAAAAAUCUCCCCCACCUGCACCACAGCCUUCUCCUGCUCAUCCUAAUAGUUCAAAUUCUAACAGACAUCCAGUCCAAACCCCUGGUUCUCCUAGAAAUACAGACAAUCAAAAGCCUUCUAAUAGUGGAACCUCUGGAAAUACGUGGAAAUAUAUCAUUAUUACUGCGGGUGUUGCUGUCUUGCUCAUUCUUGCAGCAGCUAUUUUCUGCAUGUUCCGAAGCCAAGCAGUGGCAACCAUAGGUCCUUGGAAAACUGGAUUGAGUGGACAGUUGCAGAAAGCAUUCAUAACAGGGGUGCCCAAGUUGAAUCGACCAGAGCUGGAAACAGCCUGUGAAGAUUUCAGCAAUAUAAUUGAUACUUUUGAUGGUUGCAUUGUAUAUAAGGGAACACUGUCCAGUGGAGUUGAGAUUGCCGUUGCUUCAACAUUAAUUAAAACUUCCAAAGAGUGGACAAAGAACUCAGAGAUAGCGUACCGAAAAAAGAUUGAUACAUUGUCACGGUUGAAUCAUAAGAACUUUGUCAAUCUUAUUGGCUACUGUGAGGAGGAUGAACCCUUUGUUAGGAUGAUGGUGUUUGAGUAUGCACCUAGUGGAACCCUCUUUGAGCAUCUGCAUGUUAAAGAAGUUGAACAUCUUGACUGGAAUGCAAGGAUAAGGGUUAUUAUGGGAACAGCUUAUUGUCUUCAAUAUAUGCACCAUGAUCUGAAUCCACCAGUAGCACAUUCUAACCUGAAUUCAGGUGCUAUCUAUUUAACAGAUGAUUAUGCUGCUAAGAUUGCAGAAAUCAGUUUCUGGACAGAUGCUGCAACCAAGUCAAAGACCUCAGGUGAAGAUGAUAAAGAGACUUCAGAAUUACCACCAUUUGCUGAUCCAGAAACAAAUGUCUACAGUUUUGGAAUAUUGUUACUAGAAAUCAUUUCUGGAAAGCUCCAGUACUCAGAAGAACAAGGGUACCUUGUUCACUGGAGAAAUAACUCAUCAUCAACUUGCCAGGCUGCUGAAUAUUUAAAUGACAAGCGGAGCAUCAGCUACCUGAUUGAUCCGACACUCAAGUCCUUCAAAAAUAAUGAGCUUGAUGUCAUCUGUGAGGUUAUCCAAGAAUGCAUCCGACCAGAUCCAAGGCAGAGACUAACAAUGAGGGACGUUGUUUCCAAAUUGAGGGAAGUGAUUGCUAUCUCACCUGAUCAAGCGACGCCAAGGCUUUCUCCCCUCUGGUGGGCUGAACUUGAGAUCUUAUCCGUGGAGGCAACUUAAGUUCUCUCUGAUUCUCUACUCUGUAUUGUAAGUCUCUCUCUUUGUAUCAAAGUGCUAAAGAGUAGCCUUUAAUCCAUUCUACCUUACAACUAAAUCCUAUCAAUACUGGGUGCUCACAUCCCUUUUUGUCUCUUCCUUUUCAUACAUAUGUUCUUAUGAUUCAUUCUAUUCAGAUUCUUUCUACUUCACCCCUGCAUUACGAGCAAUAAAAGUGUGCUAUAGGAUUUCAAAAGUGUUGGUGGAAUUGUCGUAAUUUAAUUUUAUACCAGAUAUUUGUAUUUUUGUGAUCAAAGUUUGGGAUGUAAAAUAUAAACUAAUCACUGAGAAGUUAGUCCCAGUGAACAUAUAAAUUUGUGGACUUUUUUUAUAUAUAGGUUGUUUUCUUUA